CAGUUGAGAGAGCAGCUACUAAGCUCAGAGGCGGACAACACAACACAGAGAGACGUUAAGCCAUCUCACCCAACCGCAUGUGCUCCCUCUGCCAGUUACUACCACCCGUCCUUUCUUCUUCACUUUCUUCUCCAACUUCAAAAUCAAAUUUCUGUCCCAGCCAUAACUCUGAGAGAGAUAGAGAGAAAGCGACAAAGGGAAUAGAAUUACACCAGACCAUACUGAGAGAAAACCCCAACCGGAGUCUGAAUUCCCCUUUCCGUCACCAAAUUGGGAUAUGAUAUGACCCACCGCACAUCUGCCUUCUCAAAUGCUAGCACCGGCCCAUCAGCAGCAAGCAAUUGAAAGCGAAAACGGAUCCUAGUGGUGGCUGGUGUUGUCCCACUUUGCUGCGCUCGCCAACUGUUUGAAGAAUGGUCGAGCUGAAUCUUUGACGAAUCUGUGCUUUUGGGGUGGUUGCCAAAGAUUGUUGCUUUUUGAAAAUUUCUGAAGGGAUGGCGACUGUGGUGAAGAAGGGCAGCGGGGGAAUUGAGAAGAGGAGGGAUGGGUCUGACUCUGCUGCGGUGAGCAGUAUCAGCUGUGGGGAAUUGAGCUCCAAGGUUGAGGGAAGGCGGAGCAGUGUUGGGCCGUGUGGUUCUCCUUCUUCUCCUUCUAAGCCUCCUUUGGGUUGGCCGAUAAAGAAGGCUGGAGAGAGGAAGAGCUUAUUGUCAUCUGGCGGUGCCAUUGGAGGAGAUGAGGAGAAUGGUAGUUGGUUAGAGGAUUCAAAGUUAAACAAGCUCAACUCCAGGAAUUCUGAUGCGGAUUUGAUGAAGGAGAGGUUUGCAAAAUUGUUGCUUGGAGAAGACAUGUCAGGUUCUGGGAAAGGGGUUUGCACAGCUAUGGCUAUCUCCAAUGCUAUUACCAAUCUCUGUGCUUCUGUGUUUGGGCAACUGUGGAGGCUUGAGCCAAUAGCUCCUGAAAAGAAAUCAUUGUGGCGAAGGGAGAUCGAAGUGCUUCUCUGUGUUGGCGAUCACAUCGUAGAGUUAAUUCCUUCUUGGCAAACUUAUGCUGACGGCAGUAAGCUUGAGGUCAUGACUUGCAGACCCAGAUCAGACCUUUUCAUCAAUCUCCCAGCUCUGCGGAAGCUUGACAAUAUGCUUCUUGUAAGACAGACAUUCCUUGAUGAAGUGCUAGACAGUUUCACAGACACAGAGUUCUGGUACGUGGAUCAAGGGAUUGUAGCGACAGAUGCAGAUGGCUCAGCUUCCUUCAGAAAAACGAUUCAGCGGCAAGAGGACAAGUGGUGGCUACCGGUGCCACGAGUUCCAGCUGGUGGUCUAAGUGACAACUCAAGAAAGCAGCUGAACCACACUCGUGAGUGCACAAAUCAGAUACUCAAAGCUGCACUGGCGAUCAAUGCCACUGCUUUAGUCGAAAUGGAUGUUCCUGACUCGUUCUUGGAGUCCCUUCCCAAGAAUGGGAGAGCUUGUCUUGGAGACUUUGUAUACCGGUACAUCACUUCAGAUCAGUUCUCUACUGACUGCCUGCUCGACAGCCUUGACCUUUCUUCUGAACACGUUGCCUUGGACCUUGCGAACCGGGUUGAAUCCGCAGUUUAUGUAUGGCGACGAAGAGCUCAUCACCCGAAACCUCCCACACUCCAAAACCGGUCCACUACCAGGACAUCGUGGGAAAUGGUGAAGGAUUUGAUGAUUGAUGGCGAUAACAGGAGGGAAUUGCUUGCAGAAAGAGCUGAAAGCCUCUUGCUUUCCUUGAAGCAGCGGUUUCCUAGUCUAACUCAGACUACACUAGACACCAGCAAAAUCCAAUUCAACAAGGAUGUGGGAAAAUCUAUACUUGAGAGCUACUCAAGAGUACUGGAGAGCUUGGCAUUCAACAUCGUUGCCCGCAUCGACGAUUUGCUAUAUGUAGAUGAUCUGACGAAAUGCUCAGAGAACAAACUCUCAUCCGUGGCAACAGUGAGUGUGAUUUCACACAAGAAGAAGCUCUCAAUCCCGUUCUCUCUUGGCACUCCAUACAAAGCAAGUGUCAGCAGCACGCCAAGCUUCUCGCCUGCUGCUUCCCUUGUCAGCCCUGCAAGAGGGGAGAGGACUCCGUUCGUGAACACCACCAAUACCAUCGCCGCCACGACCAAUGUUAAUCGGAAUCUACGCCGUGGCUUUGGAGUGAAGAGGGUGUUGACAAAUUAUCUUGGCGUUGACACGAAAUCGAAAGUCUGCGGCAACACAACUGACGCAUCAUCGUGCGUAGAACGGAGAUCUCACGAGAAGAUCUCCAUGGCACGCCAGAAUGAGAACAAACCACAGCAGAAUGUCGCCAAGUAUAGUGUAUCUUGAGUUCUUUCCAAUAUAUGAUUGGGGUUAGGAUUGUGAUCAUCUUAGGAAAUAUGCUUGAGUUUCGUUGUAUGGGUUUUUAUAUCGACACAAUUACCGUUGUAUGAACGUUCAUUCAUUUGUUUUACGACUACCUUUCUCCUAAUCUCCUUCCUUGUGCAAAACAGAAAAGGCCUGUAACCUUUAAC